AUACAGAGACGCUAGGCUGUAGAUGAUGGAGCUCCGGCCUCUGGCAGCUGCGCUACCUGCUGUGAUACUGUUGGUCAUCUCCUCCACUGCAGAGAUGGCUGGGGUCAGACUGGUGGAUGGUGACGAUCAAUGCUAUGGCACACCAGAGAUCCUUCAUGACGGACAAUGGGAAAGUGCAAGCAGCAAGACCUUUGACAUCAGAGCUGCUAUGGUUGUGUGUAGAGAGCUGGACUGUGGGAAUGCUGUCAAAGUUGAUGCUAGAAGUCAGGCCAGAACAAGAGCAAGAACAGAAACGGGAGUCAUGCUUGACUGUACUGGGCAAGAGUCAUCUGUUUCACAGUGCAUCAAAGAAAGAGUUAACAUUGAUUUCGAUCUUCUCAACAUCAGAACAGCUGUCGUUUGCUCAGACUCUGUGAGGCUGGUGGAUGGAGCUGGACUCUGCUCUGGGAGAGUGGAGGUGAAAUACCAUCAGUCUUGGACCACAGUAUGUGAGGCUGACUUUGACUGGAAGGAUGCAGAGGUGGUCUGUAGAGAACUGGGCUGUGGACGUCCACUAACUCUACAGGGGGCGCUCUUUGGAGAAGGUGAACACCCAUUUGGGACUAAAGAGUUCCAGUGUAAAGGCACAGAGAACCGUCUCCUUACCUGUAGAACCUCAAACAGAGAGGAGAACACCUGCACACGUGGCAAACCUGUGGGACUCACCUGUUCAGGACCAGAUGAUGUGAAGCUGGUGGAUGGGAGCGGUCACUGUGCUGGGACAGUGGAGAUGUUUCACAGUGGAAAGUGGAGCAGAGUGAGAACAGAAAUGUGGUCCCUGAGAGAUGCUGCUGUGGUGUGCAGGCAGCUGGACUGUGGCUCUGCUGUUGCAGCUGAGCAGACAGAGGUUUUAACCAAUGAUACUGAAUGGAGUGUUCUGACUGCCUGUGAGGGAUCUGAACCUGCGCUGAGGGAAUGCUCCAUUUUUGUUUUUGUGCCAGCUAAGAUUGUUGCCACGGUGACCUGUUCAGACUCUGUGAGGCUUGUGGAUGGAGCUGGACUCUGCUCUGGGAGAGUGGAGGUGAAGUCCCAUCAGUCCUGGACCAGAGUAUGUGAGGCUGACUUUGACUGGCAGGAUGCAGAGGUGGUCUGUAGGGAGCUGAACUGUGGGACUCUGCUAACUCUACAGGGGGCGCUCUUUGGAGAUAGGAAACUCCCAUUUGGGACCAAAGAGUUCCAGUGUAAAGGUACAGAGAACCGUCUCCUCACCUGUAGAACCUCAGCCAGAGAGAAGCACGCCUGCACACGUGGCAAAGCUGCGGGACUCACCUGUUCAGAACCUCAUGAAGUGAGACUGGUCGGUGGGAGCAGUCGCUGUGAUGGGACAGUGGAGGUGUUUCUUAGCGGAAAGUGGAGAAACGUAACAGGACUUAGAUGGGAAAAGACAGAGGCCACUGUGGUGUGUAGACAGCUGGACUGUGGCUCUGCAGUUGUAGCAACAAUAGGACUGAAAGCUACAAACAAGACUGCGCAGGUUGCUUGGAUUAAGUGUAAGCAAUCUGAAUCUUUACUGCGGGAAUGCACAGUUCUGAGGGUUUCAUCUGUUGGAUUUGAUGCUGAAGUGACCUGUUCAGGUGUCCUGGUGCAGCCCACCAUAUCUCUAUCUACUUUCAUGAGAGUGUCCCGGGGUCUCCAAAGGUCCGAGGUGUUCAGGGGCCACAGCUUCACCAUCACCUGCUCCACUCAGCCGCAGUACCCAGGAGGCUCCUUCCACCUGAAACUGCCUUGGAACAACAGAAGCCACACCCAGACAGCUGUCAAUCACUCAGCCUCCUUCCUCUUUCCUGCUGCAGAUGAUUCCCACCAGGGGAACUACAGCUGUGUCUAUGAGAAUGAAGUAAAUUUAAUGCAAACACAACUUCUAGAUGAAUGGGCGAUGUAUUCGUCAAUGAUUACCCAUAAUUUCUCAUCUGAGAGUGAUCACCUCUCCAUCACUGUCAACGAUUCGCCUCUGCCUGCAAUCAUCACCAGAAUUCUGCUCGUGUCAUUACUGACGUCAGUAACCUAUUCGUCUAUCUUUCUGAUCUUCAAGAAGUGUGGCCAUUUCUUCAUUAGAAGGACAUCAGAAGGACAGUUUUAAAGGUUCGGGAUACGUAUCGGCACCACGGCUCUUCUGCCUGUUUGGACAACCUGGAGCAGAAAGGUUGCUUCUUCAUAGACGACCAGCUUUACUGUGAAGCUCCUGCACACAUUAAAAACCGGAGGUCACCACUUUCCCCUCAGAGUAGCUUAUAAGCACACCUACUUCUUCAAAGAGCCCAAAGGAACAAGCACAAGACAGCCAAUCAGAACAAUCGUUUACAUACAUAAGAUUUAUCACAUUUACAAAAACAGUUUUGAAUUCGUUUUUUCCGUGAUGUCACAAAACGCAGUUACAUGUCAGCCUACAGCAGUUUAGCCCCAUCUAUUUGCACUGCAGCUAUAAGGAGAGUUUCAUGUGCAAAAUAAAUCCCAGAACAAAGAAAUUCUCCUUCUGAAAUCUAUAUUAAUCUAUUUCCUCCUCUGAUGGACUUUGGAAUAACCUCAAUGGCCACUGCUUACAACAAGCUGGGGCUCGGAUGUUUAGCUGCCUUAUAAUGCAUGGCCAUAGGACAAUUAGGGUUCUGGGGAACAGCAGCAAUGUUCAGAUAGUCGAUCUCUAAACCUCCUCUUCAUGUGACUAAUAUAAGAACAACCACAUUCAACAAAAGUAGUGUUAUAAUUAAGAAGUGAGUUUGACGAAUCAUUUCUAAUCAUACUGGAGCAAUGGUUGCAUGCAUCACAUCUACGGGGUCUACGCAGCCAUGUGUCCUUUGUUGUGUUUCCAAGCUGACUGUGCACCAACUUAUCUCCAAGGAUAGGGGCCCUUCUGAAACAAAAAGGUGGAGGGUCAGGGGACACUGUACACAGGAGAGGGUCACUUUGCACUGUAUUCCAAUUAUUUUAAUUCAUGUUUUAAUACAACCAGCCUGUCCACUAUACCGAGUCACAAAACGGACUUGAGAUCGUACCACGCCCUGAAAUAAUCCACCGCCAUCCACAGGUUUAGCUUCAUGAUACGCCUGAUUCAGAAUGUCUGAGUCUAUGUCACAGAUCCUCCUCCACUGCAAGAAUUGUCCAGAAGGAAUAUUAAUAAUCAGGCCUGGAGGAUGAAAACCGUCUGCUCUAAGGUUAGUGUUGCGAUCAGAGCUCUUCCUAAGAAUGAACAUGUGAAGAUCUCCAUUCGUAUCCUUAAUGAUCUUUAAAUCAAGAAAGGAGGUCUCUGAGUUAUUAUACUCCAGAGUUGAUGUUGGGAUUAAUUGGGUGAACCAUGAAACUCCAAAAGUUGUCAGUACCCCUGAAAAAUAAGACAGUCAUCAAUAUACUUGCCAUAAAACACGAUAUCUCGUAAAGCUUUCAGAGAGCUGUGAACACAUCUCUCUUCCCAAUAUCCAAGAACUAAACAUGCAUAGCUGGGAGCAUAGCAGGCACCCAUAGCUGUACUCUUAAUCUGCUGGAAGAGGUGAUCCUGGAAUAAAAAUACUUCAUUAUGCAAAGUCCUCUGUGUUAAUUGCAGGAUAAAGUGGCUGGGGGGCAUCAAUCCUUCCUCCCUGGAUUGAAGAUAGUGUCUCAGGGCUUCACUGCCUUCACUGUGGGCCCUAUAUGUCCAGCGGCCUAUAUGCCCAUGGUCCAAUGAUCUCAAGGCCAUAUAUUCCCACCCUGGUACCCUGGGAACAUUUGACCCUGGGAUCAUAGGACAUUCACAACAUAGGGCCUUAGGAAUAUAGUACACUGGUAACAUAUGGCCCUGGGAAUAUAAAACCUUGGGCUUAAGGGGCACUGGAAGCAUGGGACAUUGGGAACAUAGGACACUGGGAACAUCUACAUUAAAAACACUGGGCCCUGGGAACAGAUAUACAGUCCAUUAUUAUUGCGUGCUGUUCCCUUUUGACCCAAAUGAAGUCCAUCAGCCAAGACUGAAAUGUUUUCUCUCUGAAUCACAUAAAAAAUCUAUUUGAGUUUAUUUAAAGGAGAAUUCAGAUGUUUCUUUUCCCAAAGGUUUUGCAUAAUUCAGUCACUGAGACGGAGCAAAUCAGCGAGGUGAUGAUGUGAAAUGGUUCAUUUACCGACUGAUUUCCUUACAGUUGUGCUGAGAGGAACCAGGAGUCACAAAUACAGCCAUUAUAUUUACUGUCCCAAACCACCAAGUGAACCUAUAGGUGUCCAUUUAACUCAGAUAGUGGUAAAAUAGUAGCAACUGUGAAAAUGACGGUUUUCUUUGGGAACUGCUUUGCACAUUUCUGUCCACCACGAAUUGAUUUCGAAACCUGAUCACAAAUCUAUUGUAAGAUUAUCUAGAAUAGAACGUUUCACACCAGACCACUCUGAAUGAUUUUAAUUAGAUUUUAAGCAUUUAGUUGUAAAAAGUUUGUGUAAAAGUUUUUUUCUAAAGUAAUUCAGUGUUUUGCUGCUGACUGUCCUGGUUGAAAUUCUUUCUUCCUUUUCCAAAACUACUCAUUUUACCUGAUCGGUCAUUCAUUGUGAAUAAAUUGUCCUCUAUA